AUGUCUCAAAACAAUGGCAACGGCGAUGAAAAGUAUUUCAACGUCUACAAGGUCCAAUCCCACCUGGCAGUACAAGACCCUGACAUGCCCCAGCCAAGAUAUCAUACUGUGGUGAGCACCUCUACAACUUCUUAUUCCGAACGUGACAAGGACGGAAUUCCCUCUCUGGCCCCGGUCCACGGCAUGGGUCUUCGAGUCCUUUUGUUUGCAACUCACAGAUCAUUCCUCUACUACCCUACCGUAACAUCUAACCUGCUCUGCUAUCAGAUCUUUGUGGAGACGAGUGACAACAAGAGCGGUUUCAUCCACCACGUCGUUGGAGAUCUGGUCACUGGUAUGACAUAUCAGCGAGAGCAAGCAGCCCAGCCCGAGCAAUCAAGCACUUUCCAUUCCAAACAACACCUGGGCAGAGUCAAAGAAAGCGUGUACUCCCAGUUCCACCAAGUCUGUGCCCAACAGCCUCCCCCAGGUCAACAGAAGAAGUUCAAUCGGGAAACCAUGAGGACAGAGCCCAUCAAGCCAAAUGGCGACUUCUAUCUGCCCGGGGAACCCCGUGCUAGGUUGAUCAAAUGCACCGAAUGGGUUCUGGAGCGAGCAAUCCCCGCGCUGCAGGCUGCCCGAAUCCUGAUGUAG